AUUAACGGCUGCUGCGUUGGCGGAGUGUUGUUAGCUAGCUGCGCGAGAGGAAGGAUACAGGUGACAGCUGUCGGUGUGUGAUACCUCACAUGUAUUGCCGUAUUGAGUGGGAGGAUUCAGGAGCAACGUGCGUUGACGACGCAGUGACUCGGUGGCUGCUACACACACAAACUGACGUUCAUUCGGGGUUUGACAGUCUUUGUCGUUGGUGGGAGUGAAACUGCUAGCCUAGCAUACCUGCUCUCCAGUGCCAUUCCGGAGACUCUCGUCAAGCUACCUGUACGAGUGUCGACUGGACGGACUCACUGACCGUGGACACGGAGACCCCUCUCCCAUCCACGGAUACAAGAUUACUCGAUGGUCGCGUUUAUGGUUUGAUGAAUGGGUUCUGGAUAAUUGUGUGUGUGUGGGGGGGGGGGGGACUCCUUUCAUUGAUGUCAUCGUACCACACGGUGUGAUAGUUCACCGAUCAGCCACAACAUUCAAACCACCGACAGGCGAAGUGAAUGACAACGGCUGACUCGUUAAAAAGACAGUGUUCUACCUCGAGCCCCUUGCAUUUCAUCUGGGUGUUCUUUUGACACAAACCACUGCACCUAAAUAUUGUUGCAGACCAGACACCAAGUAGAACCACCCCAUGGCACUCCCUGCUGGCAGCAGCCGCCUCACCCAGCAGGACAAUUUGCACCGCCACACUGCAAAAACUGUUUAGAAAGGAGCAGCUGGAAGAACACGACACAGAGCCCAAGGCUUUGACUUAUCAAAAUGUAAAAACACAUAAAGGUGUGGUGUCUGGCUUUUCCUUGCCUUAUUUUGCCAGUGGCUGGUGACACAGUGCAGAUGGCGGCAGCAGGAUUAUACACAGUUCACACCCUGUUUUUCUCUUUAAAAGUGAUUGCAGUGAGUGCAGUAAGCCAUUUCGGAUCUCCCCACCGCCUGUCAGUGCAGUUGUCAGUUGCCUCAUGUUUUCCCCAACUUGCAUGUACAGGCAUGAAGUCCGUGGCACAUAAGAGCAAGUGUCCAGUGAAGCCCAAGAAGGAGAAUCUUUCCACCGGAAUGAGGCGAGAACGGUUUUUCCCCAUGUUGGUCAUCCUAAUUGCUGUUUAGAGCAGGGUCAGAGGCAUGGCCCUGCAGGUGUCCCCUUUUCCUAAUGGCUGUGUUGCAGGCCUCCAUGAUGUUGGAUGGGUAUUCAUCCUGCCUUGUUUCUGGUUUCUUGAUCGCCUCAUUGCUGUGUGCAAGUCCACCACCUUGGAGCGAACGCAGAGACUGGAGCAAGAAUGCUACCUCCAACCCCUCAAAGUCUUUUUUGGUUCCAUUAUUUUCUUCAUUCUGUUCCUCGCAACAGCCCCCUUGGCCCUCCUGGGCUUUCUGUUCUGGGCUCCUCUUCAGGCCUGCCGCAGACCCUUUUACUACCACAGAAAAACACCAUCUUCACCCGAGAUGGAGACACACAGGGGCUUUGAGCUGGUAGGAAAGGCAUCAUUUGGCUUUGCCACAGCCAACCUGUGUCUUUUACCAGAUAGCCUGGCUCGCUUUAACAACCUCGGGCACACCCAGCACAGGGCGGCCACCAUUGGCCAGCGCAUUGUGCAGGGUGUGUGUCGACCCCAUAUUCGCAUCUUUGUUGAUUCCCCAAGCAGCUGUGGUACCCUCAGCCCCUCCGGCAGCAUACUCCCCACUGUUACCUCAUCUACAUAUGGGGCUACAGAUAGACAGGCCCUGCCCACUGUGAAUCACCAUUCAGACUCCGAUGAAGGACAUGUUUCAAUUCCAAAGUCCAAUAGUUAUGUGGUCCAAGUGCCCUGUGAUGACACAGAGGAGCCCCCGUCUGAGUCACCUUCUCCCCUCCUCAAUUCCAACCAGAAUUCCAACCUGCAGGGCCGAACAGGUCACCGGCGUGCUCCACGAGCUUUGCUCUCCCAGGGUCUCCGCCAGCAGGAAGAUGUACCUUGGGAGGUGUCGUCAUUGUUUCCAGCCAAUGUGGAUAUACUAUGUCUCGAGGAAGUGUUCGAUAAGAGGGCUGCGCAGAAACUUACCCAAGCACUAAGACCCAUGUUUGGACACAUAUUGUAUGACAUUGGUGUGUACGCCUGCCAGCCGCCCUGCAGAUGUUCCUCUUUUAAGUUCUUCAACAGUGGACUGUUCCUCGCCAGCCGAUUCCCAGUGCUUGAGGCCCAGUACCACUGUUUUUCCAACAGUCGUGGGGAAGAUGCACUGGCUGCUAAGGGCCUCCUUUCUGCUAAGGUGCUUAUCGGUCAGAAUAAGAAACAGAAGGAAGUGGUUGGCUAUUUUAACUGCACACACCUUCAUGCACCAGAGGGUGAAGGGGAAAUUCGCUGUGAGCAGUUAAACAUGGUCACCAAGUGGAUUGGCGAUUUUCAAGCUGCCAACAGACUACCUGAUGAGGAGGUUGUUUUUGAUGUGCUCUGUGGUGAUUUCAACUUCGACAACUGCUCACCUGAUGACACCCUGGAACAGAAUCAUUGUCUGUUUGAGGAAUACAGAGAUCCUUGCAGGGCAGGGCCUGGAAAAGAGAAGCCCUGGGUCAUUGGUACUCUUCUCGAGCAGCCCACUUUGUAUGGAGAUGAUGUGAAUACACCAGAGAGUCUACAAAGGACUUUGGAAAGAGAAGAGCUGAGGAAGCAGUACAUCUCCCCCCCUGUUCCUGCAGAGGGCAGUCCAUUAGUUUAUCCUGAGACUGACCAGCCGUGGAUUGGACGUCGGAUCGACUAUAUCCUGUACCGCGAAAGCUCCAUUUCAAAACACUGCCGAACAGAAAUUGAAGAGGUGACCUUUAUUACCCAGCUGGCUGGCCUUACAGACCAUAUUCCUGUGGGCUUGAGACUGAAUGUAACAAUGGACUCUGACUGUGCUGAUGAAUGAGGACUUACAUAAGCACACGUUCAAACAGAAGGGAACAAAAAUGUACAUUGCUCUGUUCUAAUCAAGCACAAUAAUGUUUUGUUUACGUACUCGAAUUUGAGAUUCAAUGACAUUAUGGUAUAUCUCAGGUGAAAUUAAUAUGGGUUUAUUGAAAUUUUAUAACUUAUACAAUUUUAUGCAUUGAGGCUCGUUCAGGCCCAGGGGUAUCGAUUUUGUAAAACAAUAUAUUUUAAAGAUUUUUCAUUCAUUAAUUUUCCUACAGAAAUAAAUGCAAAGCAUGAAUCUAA